AUGCCCACCACAUUAUUGCUCAUAUUAUCUUUUAUCAGUUUUAUGUUCCUUCUGCACAAAGUCUUCUCCGAUCGGAAACAAAAAAAGAACGAUCAGAAACGACCACCAGGUCCGCUGGCUCUGCCGGUCAUCGGAAACCUCCACAUGUUGGGUUCACUUCCUCACCGGACCCUUCAAUCAUUAGCCAAGCGAUAUGGUCCGAUCAUGUCGUUGCGGCUGGGGCAAGUCCCGGUGGUUGUAGUCUCCUCACCUGAAGCAGCCGAGCUGUUCCUAAAGACCCACGACUUAACAUUCGCGAGCCGACCUAAGAGUCAGUUUUCCGAGUUCAUCUUCUACGGCACCGCCGGUAUGGUGACAAGUGAGUAUGGCCCGUACUGGCGCAACAUGAGGAAGCUUUGUAUUCUGCAACUUCUUAGCUCGUCAAAGGUUCAGUCGUUCAGUCCUUUACGGAGGAAAGAGUUGGGAUUAGUAGUUACGUCGUUAAGGAAGGCCGCGGCGGCGCGUGAAGUUGUUAAUCUGAGCGAGGCGGUGAAGAAACUUAUAGAAGAUGUAACGUACAUGAUGGUUCUGGGGCGCAACACAGAUGACCAGUAUGAUUUGAAAGCACUUGCUCAAGAGAUCAUGUGCCUGGGCGGGACAUUUAAUCUUGCAGAUUUUGUCCCUUGGCUAGGAGCUUUUGAUAUCCAGGGAUUAAAACGAAGGUCAAAGAAAACAAGCAAAGCACUUGAUGAUUUGCUGGAGAAGAUAAUAAAGGAGCACGAGGAAGAAACUCCUAAUGUGCAUAAAAACCAAGACUUCAUAGACAUCUUGCUCUCCCAAUUGAACCAGUCCAUAUCGGAUUCCCAAAGCGACCAAAAAAUCAUUAAUCGAACAAAUAUCAAGGCAGUUGUGGUUGAAAUGAUUGUUGCAGCACUUGAAACAUCUGCAACUGCAAUUGAAUGGGUCUUCUCAGAACUCUUCAAACAUCCAAGAGUGAUGAAAAAUCUUCAAGAUGAGAUAAAAAGUAUAGUUGGAAUGAGCAGAAAGGUUGAGGAAAUAGAUUUACUGAAAUUUAAUUACUUGGAUUUGGUGGCGAAGGAGACUUUCAGGCUGUACCCUGCAGGACCGCUAUUACUUCCUCGAGAAUCAAGGGAUGAUAUUAUAAUUGGUGGAUAUCACAUUGAGAAAAAAUCAAGGGUUCUUAUAAAUGCAUGGGCCAUAGGAAGAGAUUCCAACGUGUGGUCAAAUAAUGCUGAAACAUUUUACCCAGAAAGGUUUAUGAACAGUGGCAUAGAGCUUCAAGGCCAAGAUUAUGAGUUGAUACCAUUUGGUUCUGGUCGAAGAGGUUGUCCAGGGAUUCAGUUGGGUCUCAGGACAGUGAAACUGGUUAUAGCUCAAUUGGCGCAUUGUUUUAAUUGGGAGCUUCCUUCUGGUAUGAGUCCUACAAAUGUGGACAUGAGUGAGGAGUUUGGACUCUCAAUAACAAGAGCCAACCACCUACUAGCAAUUCCAAGUUGUCGCCUACAGCCACCGCCAGGUCCACCGGCUCUGCCGAUCAUCGGUAACCUCCAUUUUUUGGGUCAACUCCCCCACCGCGACCUUCAAUCCAUGUCCAGUAAGUAUGGACCCAUCAUGUCCUUUCGGUUAGGACAAGUACCGGCGGUGAUAAUUUCCUCAUCGGAAGCCGUCCAAGCGUUGCUCAAGGCCAACGACGCUGUUUUUGCCAGCCGUCCCAGGCUUCAAGCCAACGACAUCCUUACCUAUGGAUCCAAAGGCAUCGUAUUUUGCCAGUAUGGACCUUACUGGAGGAACAUGAGGAAAUUGUGCACCUUGCAUCUUCUCAGUGCGUCAAAAGUGGAGUCUUUCGCUCCUCUGAGGAGGGAAGAGUUGCAGGCCGUUGUCAAGUCCCUUGAAGAAGCUGCGGCGGCGCGUGAGGUUGUAGACGUGAGCCAGGUGGUGUCCGGGGUUAUAGAGAACAUUGUCUAUAAGAUGAUACUGGGGUGUAACAAGGCUGACUUACUUGAUUUGAAGGUGUAUAUUCACGAAGCAAUGAGGCUCACCGGUGCUUUUAAUCUAGCGGAUGUCGUGCCUUGGCUUGGGCGAUUUGAUCUUCAGGGACUGAAACGAGCCACCACAAAAAUCGGUAAAGCAUUUGACGAAAUACUAGAGAAGAUAAUUGAAGAGCAUGAAGGUGCUAUUAACUCACCAAAGGACCGACAAGACUUCAUAGACAUACUGCUCUCAUUGAUACACCACGCCGUGGACGGACAAAACUAUGGCAUUGAACGAACUAACAUUAAGGCUAUUGUACUGGACAUGAUUGCUGGGGCAUUCGAAACUUCUACCUCUGUCAUUUUGUGGGCCUUAUCUUCACUGAUAAGGCAUCCUAGGGUUAUGAAAACCCUUCAAGAAGAGCUGGAAACUGUGGUUGGAAGGAACAAAAUGGUGGAAGAGACAGACUUAGCAAAGCUUCAUUAUUUAGAUAUGGUGAUCAAGGAGACCCUGAGAUUAUACCCUGCAGGAGCAUUGAUCCCUCGAGAGUCAACGGAGGAUGCGGUAGUUGAUGGUUACUAUGUGAAGAGAAACACUCGAGUUCUAAUCAAUAUGUGGGCUGUAGGAAGAGAUCCUAAGGUCUGGUUUAAUGCCGAAGAUUUCUGUCCGGAGAGGUUUGUUGAGAAGAAUGUUGACUUUCGAGGACUUGACUUUGAGUUCAUACCGUUUGGAUCUGGUCGCAGAGGAUGUCCUGGGAUACACAUGGGUUUGGUUACAGUUAAAUUCGUCGUAGCUCAAUUGGUUCAUUGCUUUAAUUGGGAGCUUCCGUUGGGACAGGAUCCGAAUGAAUUGGACAUGAGUGAGAAAUUUGGCUUGUCACUCCCGAGAGCCAAGAACCUGUAUGCUGUGCCAACUUCUCGCAUUAAGUCCCAUUAAAACUUGUUUGGAGUGCCCUGUACCGACGUACAAUAAAUAUGAUAUGUAGAGUGGCUAGUUUAAUACUUCCUUCAUUCUUAAUUAUAAGACCUCAUUUAUAAUUUAUAGAUAAUGUCUUAUGAUUAAGACCGGAAGUAAUAAAUAAAAUGGUACGUACCUAUUCUGUUAGGUAGUCUCAUAUGAAUAUAUAUAUACAUAGAGAGAGAGAGUGAUAAACAGAGUAUUCUGCAUCUCUGUUUGUUACGCCUGUGGGUGAUGCUUGGGUAACUGGUUGGAAUUGGAAAUUAGUGACUGGAAAAAUAUUCAAAAUAGUAUUUCAGAA